AGAAGUAUUUACCAAUCAGGAGCGAGAAUCACUAAGCGCUCACUGAUCACUUUGUUUCGCUGAACGCGGCCAAUGAUUACCUCGAAGCAGGUGAACUGUCAAUAUGAUGGCGCUUCCAUUGAUAUGUUUAAGGUUUCAUUGAUAUUGGCUUAAUGAUAUAAAGAAUGACAGUCAAUUAUUCGACUAAUUUAUUGAAAAAUAUCCACGAGGAUCUGGCUUUACCAGACAAAAGUAAAACCUUUUUGAUAAAAGGACAAUACGAGUACUGGCAUUAUGGUUGCGAUGGUUUCAACGACAGGGGUUGGGGAUGUGGAUAUAGAACACUGCAAACUAUCUGUUCCUGGGUCAUAAACAAUGAGAACUUGAAAAAAACUGUUCCAAGUAUUAACACAAUACAAGAGACACUUGUUGCAGUAGAAGAUAAAGAUGAGACAUUUAUUGGAUCAAGAGAAUGGAUAGGAAGUUUCGAAGUGUCCGUUGUAUUGAAUCAACUGUAUGAUAUUCUUAGCAAAAUAAUUCAUGUCUCAAGCGGAAAGCAGCUGAUAGAUCAAGUAGAUAAUAUCAAAAAACAUUUUGAGCAAUUUGGUAGUCCCAUUAUGAUGGGUGGAGAUACAGACUGCUCCAGUAAAUGUAUAGUAGGAUUGCAUGCUGGAAAUAAAGGUGUAUACUUGCUAAUUGUAGAUCCACAUUUUGUUGGAAAAGCAAAAAGUGCAGGACAACUGAGGAACAGUUACUGGGUAAAGUGGCAAAACUUGAAUGAUUUUGCUGAUAGUUCAUUCUACAAUCUAUGCCUGCCACAGCUUAAGUCUCACGUACUGUGCAAUAAAUAAGAUGUAUUCUUAUAUUGAUACGAAUGUGUAUAAUAUAUUGCUUGUAUUAAAUAUCUGAUACAAUGUGAAAUCUGUUAAAAAUUAUAUUUUUGUAAAUUA